ACCCCUAAGCCCCUCCGCCUCCCCAAGAACCCCCGCCUCAGAGCCGAAUUAACCCCCCUGCUCACCCACCUCCGCACCCCGCUCCACCCCCUCGUCAGCAGCACAACCGGCCACUACCACCCGGCCUUCCCACGCACCCUCCUCGCCUUCCACUGCCUCACGCACGCGCAGCUGGAUAGUCUAGCCCGACACUUCCACCAGGUCUAUCCCCCGGUGGCAGCCACGGGGUACUACCCGAUCACGGUGGCGCCGUGGCUUGGGACGCCGGAGGGGGAGGAGGUGGACCUCGAGACGAAGAGAAGGCGGUUUGGACGGUUUAUUGGGUUGCGGGGGUGCGAGUCCCCCACUUCGGGGGGUUAUCAGGGGAGUGAAGGGGAGGGGAGGAAUGCGUGGGUGGAGAUGGCGGAGAGGCGGAGGAGGGUGAGGGGGUGGUUGGAGCGGUUGGAUAUUGAUUCGAGUUUUGGGGGGGUGGAUGGACAGGGGGAGGAGGGGGAGGAACAACAGCAACAGGGGAGUGGGGAGGUUGACCCGGUGGAAACGGAGACGCCCGAGGAGAUGCUGGCGCGCAUGGCGAGGGAGUGGGAUGCCGCCAUGGAGCGGGCGAAGUGGGAUUCGAACUUUGCGUUGCGGUGGAAGAUGGGGGGUUAG